AUGACUCGCAUCCGUGCUAUGGCCUUACACAAUAUCGAGCUGGAGAUGUUCCUGAUUGCCGGUAUGACGCGAGCGGCGGGCACCUCAGCGGAGUUUUUCAAAAUGAUAUCGGAAAUCGGAAAACUAAUAACAGUGAUAUCCACCUUUCUGCAAGAACAAGAGUCAAAAGGUGGUGAAGCCUUCAUUAACCAGGAGUGGUUGCAAUAUUCGAUGACGACCUCUGAACGCCCCAAUAAGGUUGGUAUACCAGAAUAA